AUGACGAUCGACUUAGAUUCGAUCACUCGCAAAGUCGAUGUUGAUAAUCGCAUUCCUCUCCGUUAUUACUAUAGGAUUGCCGAUAACCUCCUCAAGCAGGCACGUAUUUACAGGGAGGAGAAUAAUAUUGUUGAUUUGUACAUCAUACUCCUUAGAUUUAUAAGUUUGGUUUCCGAGACAAUACCAUAUCAUCGAGAUUACCAAGUUUCACUUGCUAAUGAAAGAUCAGCAUUUAAGAGGAGAUCACUACUUGUGUUGGAUGAGCUUGAGUCCUUGAAGCCUGCAUUUAAACGCCGGUUGGACAAAUUGAAUAAACCACGCGUACAAGCUCCAUUACCCGGAAAAAAUGGGUUCAAUACGGCUUCACAGAGUCCAGCACAUUCAAGUUUGGAAUGGUCAGCUGUCGAUAAAAGACAUGACUCGAACAUGGAUUUCAAACAGUCUGUUGGAGUGGGCUCACAAUCUUCAUGGAAACCUAACAAUACCUUAUCUUCAAUUUCCAUGCCUAUUGACAAGCAGUUUCAGAAAUUGUCUCUGAGUCUACCCCCACCAAAUAAGGAGACCUUGUCAAGACACUCGUUUUUAGGUCCAAGUGGUCUUCGGGGACAAUGGCUUGGACCUAGUGCAGAAAUAAAGGUUCAAUAUCCCAGCAGUAAUGAUUUUACUCAUGCCAAAGAUUCAAGCGCUGUAAAGUAUGAUCUUGAUGGCAUUAAAGAUAGUGAUCAAGGACCACUUACAUCCUCAAUGGAUUCAAUUCUCUCCUUGGAUGAUGGAAGGUGGUCUCAUCCUACUGUUGAGUCCUGUUCUCCUGUUGUAACUGAACCAUGGGAGGACUCCUUACAGUUGCUCAACAUCAAGCAACCUAUGCCUCCUCCUGUUCUUGCUCAGGUUCACCCAGAACGUGCUUCUAUUCCUCCUUCAAAAGUUGCAGAUCCAAGGCCAGGACCGGCAAAAUCUUCUCAUGAUUCUGGACAUGGUCCCACUACAUAUCAACACCUACACAUUCCUGUAAAAAUGAUGGAAGAUUUUCUGAGACUGGCUUCAGCAAACACGCGAAAUAAUUUAGAGACUUGUGGUGUUCUUGCAGGAUCUCUGAAAAACAGGGUUUUUCAGAUCACAACACUUAUAAUCCCAAAGCAGGAAGCAACUUCGGACUCGUGUCAAACGUUGGAUGAAGGAGAAAUAUUUGAAGUUCAAGACGGCUUGUCGCUUUUUACUUUAGGUUGGAUACAUACACACCCGUCUCAGACUUGUUUCAUGUCAUCUGUGGAUCUGCACACGCAUUAUGCAUAUCAGAUCAUGUUACCGGAGGCAAUUGCAAUAGUCAUGGCUCCAACAGAUACAUCAAGUCCACAUGGAAUAUUUCAUCUGUCUGAUCCAGGAGGCGUGUCUGUAAUUCGUAACUGUCAACAACGUGGAUUUCAUCCCCAUGAAGAGCCUUUAGAUGGAAGUCCAAUAUAUGAGCACUGCUCUCAUGUCUAUAUGAAUGCUAACAUGAAGUUUGAUGUUAUUGACCUUCGAGAGAAAUGA